AAUGGCGUCGUUCGUGUAUCGUUUGAUGACCUCGUAAAUUAUUUUUCGUGCUCGUUACAGUAUACUUAGCAUUUAUUUAUAACGAAUAGUAAACAAAAUCAGUAAAAGUAUUUAUUGAUAUAUCAUUAACGAAUAAGUAAAAUUCUUAUUAAACAAAUUCGAAAUAUCUCUAAACGUGUAUGAGUGCAAUGUCCGAGGAGACAGAGCGCCAUGGUGAGGCAGCGUGUGAAGGCAGCACCGGUGGUGGUGACACGAACUCCAUCCGAGUGUUAUUGACCCCGCAGCAGCUAGACGCUGCUUCUGCCGAUGCGCUCCGCUCCGCGUGGAAAUCCCAGGACUCGUACAUUGAUCACCUCGAAAAGUUGAAUAAACAGUUGGAAGGAGGCUUGGAAAAGGCGAAAGAGAUAGAGGAUAAAAUAAAACAGCAAUAUGCAGAGUCACAACACAGAGAGAAAGUACUUGUUCGGAGGCUCGCUGCCAAGGAGCAAGAAAUUCAGGAUUAUGUUAGUCAAAUAACGGAAUUGAAAUCUUCGCAUGCAAGUCUAAAUGGUCGAUCAACUCUUCUUGAUCCAGCUGUCAAUGUACUUAUUUUAAGACUCAAACAAGAACUAACUUCAACAAAAGCUCGGUUGGAAGAAACUCAAAAUGAACUUUCCGCAUGGAAGUUUACUCCUGAUUCAAAUACGGGGAAGAAAUUAAUGGCAAAAUGCAGACUGUUGCACCAAGAGAAUGAAGACUUAGGACGAAUGACAUCUAGUGGCCGGAUAGCAAAGUUGGAAGGUGAUCUAGCACUGCAAAAGAGCUUUAGUGAAGAAGUCAAGAAAUCACAAUCAGAAUUGGAUGAGUUUCUACAAGAGUUAGAUGAGGAUGUGGAAGGCAUGCAGAGUACAGUUUUUUUCCUACAACAAGAAUUACGCGCGUCCCAUGCGACCGUGAACGGUAACCGACCGUCUCCCGCUGACAAAAGGACUUAUUCGGGCAGUGAGUGUAGCGACACUCCCGUCGGUAAAAGGAGACGAGGAUCGGUGCUGUCCCUAGAAUAUAACGAAGAAGAAGAACCCCUUACGGUCGCAAAUGGCGACGCGGAGUAGCCCAGGAUUCUAGUGUUCGAUAUUUCAACACGUUCUAUUAAAACAAACUAGUGAAACUUGUGAACCACUAUGAUAUAUGUUUAGCCUGCUAUGGCUCGUUUCGUAGACUCAAAAUUAAUUAAUUAAAAUCAUUGAGUGAGUGAAUAUCAUUAUGUAUUAAAGGUGAAUCGCAGAUACAGUGUCAAUCACUCAUAAUAAAAAACGUGAAUGCUUAGGCAUCAGCACGUAAAGUGUACACUUAAAAAUAAAUAUGUACUUUCGUUAGAAGACAUAACAUAAACAAAUGUGUCAUUUUCUAUUGACAAUGAAUUGGUGAUGAUUGUGUCAAACGUGGAUAUGAGACUAAAGUAAAAGUAUAUAGUUUACUAUUUAUGCACAACAGUGGACCAUGUGAUCACAUUGAAUAGUGAAUUGUUUUUGACAUUGUUUUAUACAUAAGAUAUUAAAAUGAGACACUCAGUUGACAAUUUUAUAAUUUAUUUAUGAAUAAGUGGAUUGAUUGUGAUAAUAUAUUAGAGAAAUCUUUGAAUAAAAAAUGUGGAUAUAUUCUUUGCUGAAUUGAUUGUUUCGUGGCAGGGGUUACUUGCCAUAGAGUCGAAGGAAUGUUUGGGUCUGUCUGUUGCAACAACUAACAAUUACGUAACACCAAGCCUAAUGCAUAAUUUUUAUUGUUUAUCACAUUUUUAUUAGAUUUACGUGAGUUUCUAUGAAAUGUUUCUAUUUUCAAAUAUAAUGAUUGUAUAUAGAGAUAUGUUAAUAAACAUAUAUAACUU